AUGGCGUCCAGAUGGGGAAUCAACGUUAGCAUUGCGCUGCUUGCAGCUGUGGUGUGCAGCAUAGUGGGUCAUUGCGAAAUGUCCGUAUACCCAGGACUACGCCGCCGACCCAUACAGCCGCCCGUUAUGGAUCCGCAGAACGAGCAGGAAUACGCGUUCCUGGCCCAAAUGAUGGAGCAGUACGCACGCCGUCGCCUUCAGCAUCAAUUUGACCAGCAGCUGCACGAGAUCAACAUGAAGCUGGAGCGCCAGCGGCAGCUUCUCGAGAUGGAGCGCUUCCGCCAGCGACAGCAGGAGCUGCAGGUGGAGCGCGAGUCGGAGGACGACUAUGAAGGAGGCCUCAACAAUCUGAACAACCAGCAGUACGACCAGUACGACAACGUUGAGGCGGAGCCCAGCUAUGGCAGUCCCAUCAGCAGUCUGCCCGAUGUCCACGCGCCGAUGUAUCUGCCCAGUCUUCCCAAUCUUCCGAGUCUGCCCAGCCGCCACGGUCUUCCCAAUUUGGGUCGGAAUAGUGUGCCACGCGAGAAGAUUCCCUUCGCCGUGGGCCCCAACGAUGCGCGCUUCUUCGACAAUCCCAGCGAUCCGUCCGGCGAGAUGGACUCGAGAGCCCUGGAGGACUACGAGGAGUAUGCUCCGCUACAGCCCACACCCGAGGUGGCGACGGCCACCAGCAAGACCAAAAUCGAUACGCCAGUUCCUGCACCGGUGCCCGUGGAGCCGCCCAAGCUGCUGGAUGCCGCCAACGCGAACUUCCAUCGCAUCAAUCCAAACUCUGCGGCCGCCGCAGCCGUGGCCGGGGUCAGUAUUCCACAGGGCAAGGACCAAACCCCCCACAAGCUGAACGCCUUGAUCAGCAAGCUGCAGAAGCAGAGCAAGUCCCCGCAUGUGACCCUCGUCAAUGGAGGCGGCGACGCCAACUCCGAGCAGAUUGUACUCCGCCAGCACAUGGGAAUGAGCAGCGAGAUGGGCGUCUACAUUGUGGCCCUCAUAGCGGGCAUGAGCGCUGCGGUGACUGUGGGACUUCUAGCGCUAGGAGUGACCUGGGUCCACAAUCGCAGCAAAGCCGCAGCGGACGUGGACUAUCCGGCGUAUGGUGUGACCGGACCCAACAAGGAUGUCUCGCCCUCGGGCGACCGCAAGCUGGCACAGAGCGCCCAGAUGUAUCAUUACCAGCAUCAGAAGCAGCAGAUCAUCGCCAUGGAGAACUGCCAGGCGACCGAUGGCAGCUGUGGCAUGUCCGACGUGGAGAGCGAUGACGACAACGAGGAGGGCGACUACACGGUCUACGAGUGCCCCGGCCUGGCGCCCACCGGCGAGAUGGAGGUCAAGAAUCCACUCUUCCUGGACGAGACGCCGGCCACACCGGCCAACAACCUCUCCUCGGCGGCAGCUACCAACAACAACAUCACCCAGGCCACUCCCCAGCAGCCGCCCACCCAGAAGAAGGGCACGGUCAAGCCGAACAUGAAUCUGUUGAAUGCCGCCGCCACCGCUGCCGCUGCCGCUGCUGCUGCUGCGUCCGCCUCUGGGGCUGCUGCAGGCGAGGAGUCGAAGCAGAAGCGCAAGAGCAAGAAGUAAGCUGGGAGAUGGGACUUGGAAAUGCCCGCAGGUCGUGGCAACUGGUAAAGUUUGACUGAUCCAUUGUCAGCCAAAAAGGACUCACACAUACAGAGAACACUCCCCCACACAGACAGAAACGCAGACCAGACUAGAUAUACUCGUAUUUAACGGAAUUUAAUUCCUCCGGCUGCUGCUCGCUCGAGUGCAAGGAAGCGUACACCCCACACACACCAGACACAACACCACAAGGCAACUGUCUCUUAUGUAUCUUCCCUAUGAAUAAGCACGCAUAAGUAAGUCCUAUUGCAUGUAUUGUAUCGUAAUCGCAUCGCUAUGGUAUAAGACAAGCCUCCCCCAGCGAGUCGCAUCUGCAAAUCCCCACAACCCUCAACCCCAAUCGAGUCCGGCUGUCAGUUGCACAAUGGAAACCAGGCAGAGGCUCUGGCAUUGGCAUCCAGCUCUGUGCCCAUUCAGGUGCAACUGAUUCCUUCUCUCUUUACAAUCCAAGAUGUGUACUUAUUUAUGUCGUGGGACAAUUACCCACACACAUGCUCGAGUGUGUCUCUUAUAUAUGUAUAUUAUAUAUUGUAUAUCAAACUCUUUUUUGGUGUCUGCAACUGGAAUCAAUUUAUAUGGGAAGCAUACUUAAAAGUCUGUAGCAAAGGGCCGCAGGGCAAGCAACCAAAUGCAAAAUGCUAACUAACAUAUUAUAUAAUUAUACACAACACACACACACACACAUACUGAUAGAUAGAUAUAUAUAUAUAUAUAUAUGCUAUAUUCAUGUAAUUAUUGUAACAUAUAUACAUACAUAUACGCGGGAGCGUAAACCCCUUUUACAUUCUACUUCGUAACAAUUAACUAUCUUUUUAUUUGUUUUUUACUACGCUUUGUGAUCGAAUCCUAAAUUAUCUGUGUCAAUUUAGAAAUACAAUUCUGGUAACCAAAUCCAACACACACACUCCACUACUUACAUAUGUAUAUUAGAUUGGAGAAGAGAGAGUACGAGUUUUGAGGGAGAAAUUGCGAGUGUUUAGCGGAGAAGUGAAGUGAAUUAUUUACAAGUAAAACUUAACAAUAAUUUCCCUGCACAUUCAUGUAAAGUAAAUGAAAAACGACUGAUAACACACACAAAAGAUAGAUAACACUCGUCUAUUGUACAAAAAUGAAAACGAAAUGAAAUGUGGGAGCGACUAAGAGAGAUACGAGUACAAUUUAUUUACUGGCUAGCAGAGAAAACCCAACUAUCAGCGGAUGCAAAUCCAACAAACAAGCAGAACAGAAAACCCCAAAGAGAAACAAUUAUAAGAAACUGUAGCGAAACAUUUACUAUUAUUAUAACAUAUUCCCCAAUUGCUGUAAAUAAAAAAGAAACAAACAUGAAGCGUUCAGGAGGAGGUAGACAAAGUGCCAGCUAAAGCUGGGCUACAACCAUUGCGGCCGAAACAAUACUUACACUGAAGACAGAACAGAACAGAAUUGAGGAACUUACGAGUUGAAAAACCAACCAAAA